AUGAGUUCGGACGCGGAGAUGGCGGUGUAUGGCAAAGCCGCCAUAUAUCUCCGCAAACCAGAAAAGGAGAGAGUGGAGGCCCAGAACCGUCCCUUUGAUGCUAAAAGCGCUUGUUUUGUGGUCGACGCGAAGGAACUGUAUCUUAAAGCUACAAUCCAGAGCAGAGAGGGAGGCAAAGUCACUGUAAAAGUGCAGACAGGAAACCAGUCUAUUUACUUGUUUCAGACUAUAACCGUCAAAGACGAUGAUGUCUGUCCUAUGAAUCCACCGAAGUUUGAUAAAAUUGAGGAUAUGGCCAUGAUGACCCACCUCAAUGAAGCCUCCGUGCUUUAUAAUCUCAAAGAGCGCUAUGCUGCAUGGAUGAUCUAUACCUACUCUGGGUUGUUCUGCGUAACUGUAAACCCAUACAAGUGGCUUCCAGUAUAUGACGCAGAGGUGGUGUCUGCCUACAGAGGCAAAAAGCGCAUGGAGGCUCCACCACACAUUUUCUCUGUCUCUGACAAUGCUUUCCAGAACAUGCUGACCGAUAGAGAAAACCAGUCAGUUCUGAUCACUGGAGAAUCCGGUGCAGGAAAGACUGUCAACACCAAACGUGUCAUCCAGUACUUUGCGACAGUUGGAGUGGCUGGAGACAAGAAGAAGGAGGCGCCGAGUUCCGGCAAAAUGCAGGGCUCGCUGGAGGACCAAAUCAUUGCAGCAAACCCUUUAUUGGAGGCUUAUGGAAAUGCCAAGACAGUGAGGAAUGACAAUUCAUCCCGCUUUGGUAAAUUCAUCAGGAUUCACUUCGGCACUAGUGGAAAAUUGGCUAGCGCUGACAUUGAGACAUAUCUGUUGGAGAAGUCAAGAGUAACUUUCCAGCUCCCAGACGAGCGAGGCUACCAUAUCUUCUAUCAGAUAAUGACCGGCCACAAGCCUGAGCUUAUUGAAAUGCUGCUUAUCACCACCAAUCCAUACGACUUUCCCAUGAUCAGCCAAGGGCAGAUCACUGUGGCCAGUAUUGAUGACAAGGAAGAGUUGGUAGCAACUGAUACUGCUAUCGAUAUCCUUGGCUUCAGCAGUGAGGAGAAGAUUGGUAUUUACAAGCUGACAGGAGCUGUCAUGCACCAUGGAAACUUGAAGUUCAAACAGAAGCAACGUGAGGAGCAGGCUGAGCCUGACGGCACUGAAGUUGCUGACAAAGUCGCUUACCUGUUGGGCCUUAACUCAGCAGAUAUGCUGAAAGCUUUGUGCUACCCAAGAGUAAAAGUUGGAAAUGAAUUUGUAACUAAAGGCCAAACAGUGCCACAGGUGUGUAAUUCAGUGAAUGCCCUGGCGAAGUCCAUAUACGAAAGGAUGUUUUUGUGGAUGGUCAUUCGCAUCAAUCAGAUGUUGGACACAAAACAGCCAAGGCAGUUCUUCAUUGGUGUGCUUGACAUCGCUGGUUUUGAGAUUUUUGAUUAUAACAGUUUGGAGCAACUGUGUAUCAACUUCACCAAUGAGAAACUGCAACAGUUCUUCAAUCACCACAUGUUUGUCCUGGAACAAGAAGAAUACAAGAAAGAGGGAAUUGAUUGGGAAUUCAUUGACUUUGGCAUGGACUUAGCCGCAUGCAUCGAGCUCAUCGAGAAGCCUAUGGGAAUCUUCUCCAUCCUCGAAGAGGAGUGUAUGUUUCCUAAGGCCACGGACACAACCUUCAAGAACAAACUGUAUGAUCAGCACCUCGGGAAGUGUAAUGCUUUCCAGAAGCCCAAGCCCACCAAAGGAAAGGCAGAGGCCCACUUCUCCCUGGUGCACUACGCCGGCACCGUGGACUACAACAUCUGUGGCUGGCUGGACAAGAACAAAGACCCGUUGAAUGAGUCUGUUGUGCAGCUCUACCAGAAAUCCUCCGUCAAACUGCUGUCUCUUUUGUUUGCAAACGUCGGUGGGGCUGAAGCUGAGAGCAGUGGCGGCGGUGGUGGAAAAAAAGGCGGGAAAAAGAAAAGUUCUUCGAUGCAGACAGUGUCCUCUCAAUUCAGAGAGAAUUUAGGCAAGCUGAUGACCAAUUUGAGGAGCACACAUCCUCACUUUGUGCGCUGUCUCAUUCCAAAUGAAUCCAAGAAACCAGGUCUUAUGGAGAACUUCUUGGUUAUCCACCAGCUGAGGUGUAAUGGUGUACUGGAGGGUAUCAGAAUCUGCAGAAAAGGUUUCCCCAGCAGAAUUCUGUAUGGUGACUUCAAGCAGAGGUACAAAGUACUUAACGCCAGUGUCAUCCCUGAGGGUCAGUUUAUUGACAACAAAAAGGCUUCAGAGAAGCUACUGGGGUCAAUCGACAUUGACCAUACUCAGUAUAAAUUUGGGCACACAAAGGUGUUCUUCAAAGCUGGCCUGCUGGGCACUCUUGAGGAGAUGCGUGACGAGAAACUGGCUGCUUUGGUCACGAUGACUCAAGCGCUGUGUCGCGGGUACCUCAUGAGAAGAGAGUUUGUGAAGAUGAUGGAGAGGAGGGAUGCCAUAUACACCAUCCAGUACAACAUCCGCUCGUUCAUGAAUGUCAAACACUGGCCAUGGAUGAAGGUGUAUUUCAAGAUCAAACCCCUCCUGAGAAGUGCGGAGGCCGAGAAAGAAAUGGCCAAUAUGAAGGAGGAGUUUACGAAGUGCAAGGAAACGCUUGCAAAGGUUGAAGCAAAGAAGAAAGAGCUGGAGGAGAAAUUGGUUACUCUUCUCCAAGAGAAGAACGACUUACAACUUCAAGUGGCAUCUGAAACAGAAAAUCUCUCAGAUGCUGAAGAAAGGUGUGAAGGACUUAUCAAGAGUAAGAUCCAACUGGAGGCCAAGCUCAAAGAGACAACCGAAAGAUUGGAAGAUGAAGAGGAAAUCAAUGCCGAGCUAACUGCCAAAAAGAGGAAACUGGAAGAUGAAUGUUCUGAGCUGAAGAAAGAUAUUGAUGACCUAGAGCUAACUCUGGCCAAAGUCGAGAAAGAGAAACAUGCUACAGAAAACAAAGUGAAAAACCUGACUGAAGAGAUGGCAUCUCAAGAUGAGACCAUUGCUAAACUAACCAAGGAGAAGAAGGCCCUCCAAGAGGCACAUCAGCAAACACUAGAUGACCUGCAGGCCGAGGAAGACAAAGUCAAUUCUCUGACCAAAGCCAAAACCAAGCUUGAGCAGCAAGUGGAUGAUCUUGAAGGUUCUCUCGAGCAAGAGAAGAAACUCCGCAUGGAUCUGGAGAGAGCUAAGAGAAAGCUUGAAGGAGACCUAAAGCUGGCCCAAGAAUCCAUAAUGGAUCUUGAAAACGACAAGCAACAAUCAGAGGAAAAACUUAAGAAGAAAGAUUUUGAGACCAGUCAGCUCAUGGGUAAAAUUGAGGACGAACAGUCCAUGGGAGCUCAGCUUCAGAAGAAGAUCAAAGAGCUUCAGGCCCGCAUUGAGGAGCUGGAAGAGGAAAUUGAGGCCGAACGUGCAGCUCGGGCAAAGGUCGAGAAGCAGAGAGCCGACAUCUCCAGGGAACUGGAGGAGAUCAGCGAGAGGCUCGAGGAGGCCGGCGGAGCCACGGCCGCCCAGAUCGAGAUGAACAAAAAACGUGAGGCCGAGUUCCAGAAGCUUCGCCGUGACCUGGAGGAGUCCACCCUGCAGCACGAAGCCACUGCUGCCGCCCUCCGCAAGAAGCAGGCCGACAGCGUGGCAGAGCUGGGAGAGCAAAUUGACAACCUUCAGCGGGUCAAACAGAAGCUUGAGAAAGAGAAGAGUGAGCUGAAAAUGGAAAUCGACGACCUCUCGAGCAACAUGGAAGCUGUUGCUAAAGCUAAGGGUAAUCUGGAGAAGAUGUGCCGCUCGCUUGAGGAUCAGCUAAAUGAAAUUAAAAAUAAGAACGACGAGAAUCUCCGCCAAAUCAACGAUAUCAGCACCCAGAAAGCAAGACUUCAAACAGAGAAUGGCGAGUAUGGACGCCAGCUGGAGGAGAAAGAAGCCUUAAUUUCUCAGCUGACCAGAGGGAAACAGGCCUUCACUCAACAAAUCGAAGAGCUGAAGAGACAAAUAGAGGAGGAAGUCAAGGUAAAAAAUGCCCUUGCCCAUGCAGUACAGUCGGCACGACACGACUGCGACUUACUCCGCGAGCAGUUCGAGGAGGAACAGGAGGCCAAGGCUGAACUGCAGCGCACUCUGUCCAAGGCCAACAGUGAAGUGGCUCAGUGGAGGAACAAAUAUGAAACUGACGCCAUCCAGCGCACCGAGGAACUCGAGGAAGCCAAGAAAAAGCUUGCCCAACGUCUGCAGGACGCCGAGGAGCAGAUCGAAGCAGUAAACUCAAAGUGCGCCUCGCUGGAGAAAACAAAGCAGAGGUUGCAGAGUGAGGUCGAAGACCUCAUGAUUGAUGUUGAAAGAGCAAAUUCUUUAGCUGCCAACUUGGACAAAAAACAGAGAAACUUUGACAAGGUGCUAGCAGAAUGGAAGCAGAAGUAUGAGGAAAGUCAGGCUGAGCUUGAGGGCGCUCAGAAAGAGGCUCGCUCUCUUAGCACUGAACUGUUCAAGAUGAAAAACUCUUAUGAGGAAGCUCUGGAUCACCUGGAGACCUUGAGGAGAGAGAACAAAAACCUGCAACAGGAGAUCUCAGACCUCACUGAACAGAUUGGUGAGUCUGGGAAAAGCAUCCAUGAGCUUGAGAAGGCCAAGAAGGCAGUUGAAUCCGAAAAGGCUGAGAUCCAGACAGCAUUAGAAGAAGCUGAGGGAACUCUGGAACACGAGGAAUCCAAGAUUCUCCGUGUCCAGCUGGAGCUCAACCAAGUGAAAGGCGAUAUUGAACGAAAGCUUGCUGAGAAAGACGAGGAGAUAGAACAGAUCAAGAGGAACAGCCAGAGGGUGAUCGAGUCCAUGCAAAGCACCCUGGAUGCUGAGGUCAGGAGCAGAAACGAUGCCCUGAGAAUCAAGAAGAAAAUGGAAGGAGACCUGAAUGAGAUGGAGAUUCAGCUUAGCCAUGCCAACCGCCAGGCGGCCGAAGCCCAGAAACAACUGAGAAAUAUACAGGGUCAACUCAAGGAUGCCCAACUGCACCUUGAUGAAGCCCUCAGGGGUCAGGAGGACAUGAAGGAGCAGGUGGCCAUGGUGGAGCGCAGAAACGCUCUGAUGCAAGCCGAGAUCGAGGAGCUGAGAGCAUCGCUGGAGCAAACAGAGAGAGGCCGCAAACUGGCAGAGCAGGAACUGGUCGAUGCUAGCGAGCGCGUCGCUCUCCUGCAUUCCCAGAACACAAGCCUGCUCAAUACUAAGAAGAAGCUUGAGAGCGACCUUGUUCAAGUGCAAAGCGAGGUGGACGACACCAUCCAGGAAGCAAGGAACGCGGAGGAAAAAGCCAAAAAGGCCAUCUGUGAUGCGGCCAUGAUGGCAGAGGAACUGAAGAAGGAGCAAGAUACCAGUGCUCAUUUGGAGAGGAUGAAGAAGAAUCUGGAAGCCACUGUAAAAGAUCUGCAACAUCGCCUGGAUGAAGCUGAGAAUCUAGCUAUGAAGGGUGGAAAGAAGCAACUGCAGAAACUAGAAGCAAGGGUGCGCGAACUGGAAAACGAAGUUGAAGCAGAGCAGAAACGUGGCGGGGACGCUGUGAAAGGGGUUCGCAAGUACGAACGCAGGGUUAAGGAGCUCACCUACCAGACUGAAGAGGAUAAGAAGACCAUCAACAGACUCCAGGACCUGGUGGAUAAGUUACAGCUGAAAGUGAAGGCCUAUAAGAGACAGGCUGAGGAAGCUGAAGAACAAGCCAACACCCACCUGUCGAAGCUCAGGAAGGUGCAGCACGAGCUGGAGGAGUCUGAGGAGCGUGCCGACAUCGCUGAGUCACAGGUCAACAAGCUCAGAGCGAAGAGCCGUGAUGCUGGCAAGGCUAAAGACGCCGAAUAA